UCCCUCAUCAUCCCCUAAUGACAAUUAAUCAGCUGCACUGAUAAUCAAUUCAGCACAUGUUGCACUGAAUUUUUCCUAUUAAUUUUCACCAACAAUAAACAAUAAUAUCCACUAAACAAAUGAUCGGCUACUCGUUGCAAUAAAUAUUUGUGCUAUUGUGCCAGUGAAAAGUCGGAAAAUUCGGUUUUCAACGUGAAGAUCAAGUGCAAUUGGAAAAUUUCAGGGGAAAUUCCGGGAAAUUGUUGAUAAGCCCUUGAAGAUAAAGUGCUAUUGGAAAAUAUCGGUGGAAAUUGAGGGAAAAUUUCGGGUAAUCGUUAAGAUUUUCAAGUUGAUUAAGUGCUAUUAGAAAAUUUUGGAGGAAAUUUAGGAAAAUUUUCGGAAAAAUUCGGGAUUAUUUCGGGACAACUUCGGGAAAUUGUUGAUAAUGUUUUCUUGAGGGAUUGUUAAUGUUUUUUUAUGGAUCGAUGAGGGGAUGUGAUGAUGGGAUUGAGACGAUUGGGAGAUUGUUGUGCGAUUAGGGAAUUUUUUCGCGGUCUCAUUUUUUCUUGGAUUUUCCACUCAGUACGAGACAUGGCGGACGCAAUUGCGUUGAUUGAUUAUCAUUAAAUGAGUUUAUCAAUGGUUUUUGUCGUUGUCAUCGUAUCGCUGUUUGAUUUGUCAUCUUGGAGGAAUUUUUCUGGGGUUUUUCCGACGUUCCGGCGAAAUUUUCCAUUCCAAACGGAUAAAAUGACAGUGCAACCCUUUCCGUUGAGUACAUGUUGCACUGGAGGAUUUGAUAAUGAGAACACGUGGGAGUCCCUGAAAUGAAUACCUGGAACAUGAAGGACACUUGUUGCACGAGUGUAACGUAAACUCGUAUUAGCAAAAAAGUUGGCGAUCAUAUAAAUAAAAAGAAUUUAGCAGUUAAAAUGUUGCCCAGAAGGCGGUGACCCAGGUUACGCGGAAUGUCCCCUGCCUUGAGGCCCAAUGAUGAUGAUGAUGAUGACAAUUUCACGAGGUGGUCUGACCCAGUGACAAAUAGGACAGAUGUCAAUUUCAAAAGACUAGACUGGAUUUUCUACGUGGAAUGUCUUCAGGAGCGAAAAGGCUGGUGCAGUCGCUCCGGGGCCGUAACUCGGGCCCCACCAACAAGGACACCAAGGGUGGAUCCAGUGGUGCAAGUACCAGUGCAACGAGACUCUGUCAUUAUGACAGCGGUCAUGAGCUCGAUGAGAUAUCGGUUGUGGGUGGUACACCAACUACACCCUGUCAUUGUCCAGGAAAAUUUGGCAGCGGUCAGACCCUCUACAGUAUCGCUGGGUCAGUACCACCGGGCCCAGGGGGACUCCUGAGGAGCGCCAACAGGAGCAAUGUCUCAGGGGGGCAUCCAGGGAGCGGCGGAAGGACUGAAUUCAGGAGUGGAGAGACUAUUUUGCGAUCUGAAGAGGAUUCCAAGAGUGUGGAGAGUGCAGCCUCGAGAUCUCGUCAGAGUCUUCUCGAUUUUGUUGUUGGCGGAAGAUUUAUAUCGAGAAAUCCAACCCCCAGCAGAUAUUAUCACCCACAAAACCGUCAGGAUCAGUCCCGUGGACGUCAGGAACAGCAGAUUUAUUCUGUCUCCCAGAGGUAUUUUGGUUCAUCGAGGGAUUCAUUGCACGCGGCGUAUGUGAAUCGCGGUGCCAGCGAGCUGGAUCUCAGCAGAAAACCCAAAAGAAAGGACCAGUCGAGGGGAAAAUUAAAAUUUCCAAAUGUAUCGGGUAUUGCGUCAACCAGAGAGAGUCCACAUAUUCGUACACUGGUGUCCACCAAUCAUCUGAAUAACAACGGCAGCUGCAACGGCACAGAAACGAGAUAUACGGCACAGCAGCAGCAGCAGCAGAGGGGAAGCAGAGGAUAUCCUGGACAGAUGGGCACCAGGGGUUUCAGGACGGGUGCACCAAACUGGUCCUUCGUCUUUGAUCCUGCAGGGAGGCUCUGCUACUAUUGGUCAAUGGUCGUCUCCCUAGCUUUUUUGUAUAAUUUUUGGGUCAUCAUCUACAGGUUUGCCUUUCAGGAGAUCAACGGGGAAACUCUGGUCGUGUGGUUCUGCCUCGACUACUUCUCGGAUCUUCUUUAUUUGGUGGAUAUAGUAUUUCACUUUCGCACCGGUUAUCUCGAGGAUGGUGUACUUCAGACAGACGCCGUCAAGUUGAGGAACCAUUACAUGAAUAGCACGACUUUUUACAUCGACUGUCUGUGCCUGUUGCCUCUCGAUUUUUUGUACUUAUCAAUAGGAUUUAACAGUAUCCUGCGGAGCUUUAGACUGGUUAAGAUCUAUCGAUUCUGGGCGUUCAUGGACAGAACGGAGCGACACACGAAUUAUCCGAAUUUAUUUCGCUCUACCUCUCUGGUCCAUUAUCUCCUGGUGAUAUUCCACUGGAACGGGUGCCUCUACCACAUUAUUUAUAAGAACAAUGGUUUUGGGAGCAAAAACUGGGUGUUCGAUGAUUCGGAAGAGGCGGAUGUUGUUAAGCAGUAUCUCCAGAGCUACUACUGGUGUACACUGGCACUAACUACAAUAGGCGAUUUGCCGAGGCCAAGAAGCAAGGGCGAGUAUUUGUUUGUUAUAGCUCAACUACUCUUUGGUCUACUGCUAUUCGCUACAGUUCUUGGUCAUGUUGCUAAUAUCGUCACUUCUGUCAGUGCAGCGCGUAAAGAAUUUCAAGCGAAACUCGAUGGCGUGAAGACGUACAUGCGAAUGCGUCGAGUGCCUAAUCAUCUUCAGGUCAAAGUGAUCAAGUGGUUUGAUUACUUGUGGUUGACCCAAAAGUGUUCUGAUGAAGAAAGAGCAGUCAGCUGUCUUCCUGACAAACUGAAGGCGGAAAUAGCUAUUAACGUGCACUUGGACACCCUGAGGCGAGUGGAAAUAUUUCAAAAUACAGAGGCAGGUUUUCUCUGUGAGCUUGUCCUGAGGCUGAGGCCUGUGUUAUUUUCACCGGGGGAUUACAUCUGUCGAAAGGGUGAAGUUGGAAAGGAGAUGUACAUCGUGAACAGAGGUCGUCUUCAAGUUGUGGCAGAUAAUGGAAAAACAGUGCUUGCAACACUCAAGGCUGGCUCAUACUUCGGGGAAAUCAGCAUUCUCAAUAUGGGGACAGCAGGUAAAGAGUGCGGUAAUCGACGUACAGCAAGUGUACGAUCCGUCGGUUACUCUGAUCUCUUCGUACUGAAGAAGAAGGACAUGUGGGAUGUACUCAAGGAAUAUCCUGCUGCCAGAGUGAGACUUGAGUCUAUAGCUGUUAAGAGACUUGAAAAGUACAAAAGAGCACCACUUGAGAAAGCUGCAAUGGGGAGGAGCCAGAGCACACCAGGAUUGAUAGAGUCCCGGGGUCGAGUGCCCCUGGAGGAGAUGUGGAUAUCGCCAUUGGAGCUGAGAACUGCGCGUUCUCUCUUCUCUCCAAGUCCGAGCCCGAUAACAGCCUCCUCGAUCCACGGAAUGCGGUCUGUGGGGGGCUACGUCGAGGGGGUACCUGUCAUCGGAGCUCCAACAGGCCCCAGCAGAAGUGCUGAGAGUCCGAUGAGCGCUACCAGCAGCGGGAGGAGCAGUGAGGAUCACACCACGAGAGCACCGAGAUCUACAGCAACUCAGCUGUCGAUUGGAAAACAGUCUACGCAUUCGGGGAUGACCUGCAACAGUAUGACCCAAUUGGUAUCAGAGGGUGCAGUGACUCCAGUGCUUGCAGUGAGCAGUCACGAGGCCCUCCUUGCUGAGAUAAAACGUCUGCGAGAGCGGUUGAUCUGUUUGGAGACGGAGAAUGCAUCAAUGAGUGUGAAACUUAAUCAGCAACAGUGGGAGGUGGAGCACAGAUUGGCAGCAAUUGAAAUGGAGAUCUGCGGUGCUAGCUCAACAUCGAGUAUAGAGGACAACGAGCGCAAUCGUGAGUCUAUCAUUUAACGAGAAAUUCGGCCGCG